AUGACAAAAAAGUCACAAGUUUCCUUCUCUUCCAGAUACUAUCUCUUUUCGAAUGAUGGUCAAGAGGCAUGGGAGAGCGAUCGACUCACAGAUGCCCUCAAAAGAGUAACCUGCUCAGAAUUCGGUGUAGACCACAAAUUUGGAGUUUCCACCUACCGACACCUGGCUAUUUCUAUGGGAAGAAGGUUUUUGAAAAAGCCUUUUGAAGAUGAAGACUCCCAAGCCGAGGAGGAGGGCCUCGAUUUGCAAGCUGCACAUUCGAGUGCUGUAGCAGAUAGGUUUUAUCCUGUCAAUGCAAGUACUUUGAAUGAGUUGACAGAGAGCUCGAUGAAUAUAUUUGGAUUAAUCAGCCGCGAUUGGCACAAGCUUGUGUAUCCAAAGCAAAACUUAUUGGCUCAAAGUGAGGUACUUGAGGGGGUUACAGGAACGAAGACGAAGGACAAAAACCCCGAGAGUGUGGAGAGCAUUACACAAUCAGCGACUGCAGAUCUAGUCAGGGAGAUUGGGCAGGUAUCUGUACAGCAGAAAUCAAGAGGAUUGACCAAUGAAGAAACACACAUCCGGUGCAAUCAGAUACUGAAUGGGUUAUAUGGUAACGAUGCCAAAUUCAAGUCGGUAGAGCAGAAGGAGGCUCUCGCAGCUUUGUUAAAGGGGGUAUCACCGCUAGUCGUGGUACUGCCGACUGGUGGAGGCAAAAGUAUUCUUUUGCAGGGCCCCUCGCUGGAGCUUGGUGCAGGGGUUACAGUUCUAAUCUCACCAUUCAUUGCGCUCUCGCAGGAUAUUGUAAGGAGGGCGAGCACCCUAAAACUCGACUGCCAGCUGUGGGGUAAGGACAUGAAACAGGAUAGUCAAUUGUUAGUUGUUACAGUGGAGUCGGCAGUAUCGGCGAAGUUCAGACAAUAUAUCCGGAGAAUUAAGGAAGUUGGGAGAUUAGAUAGGGUAGUAGUAGACGAAGCACAUAUGCUUGUCACCAUGGUCAAUUUCAGGGAGUCAUUUACAAAGCUCGACUGGUUUACAGGCAUCGGUGUACAAUGUCUUGCAAAGAGGGUGAAAAUAUUGCGAGAACUCUGA